UUUGGCUCAAGGCGAGGAGCUCCUCGGUGUGACAAGCGUAUGCCGCUGGUCGUCGGCAGCCUUCCCAUCUCUUCUCGGGGGGAGUCCUUCCCUGCGGCAACGGCCGCACGUCGAGCCCCGCCUCGCUCCCCGCAGUGCUCGCGAUGGGGCUCGUGCCGAGAUCGACGCAGCCGAGGCGACGAAGCGUUGGGCUUCCAAGGCGCUCGACAAGGUUCUCCACGAACGCACCACAGCAGAUCAGUACUCCGUGGAAGCUCAGGCUAAGGUUGAUGAGCGUCUGUUCAAUGGAAAGCAGCCCAAGAAGGAGCUCGAGGAAGCGACCAGGCGUCAUGCUCAGAUGGUGCCGUCGGGUGAUCUUGUCCAGAAGUCUGUUGACGCGCGAAGAAGAGCUCUGUGGUCCACAUCGACGCUUUGCUGGCCAAUCCUGAGCCGUUGGAGCUGGAGGUCGGUGGUGCGGUUGAACUUUCUGGUCCCGAGUUUUCUGAUACUGCCAGGAAGCAGUUCGAGAAGUGGGUGGUCGCUCACAAACAGUACUGCGCAGGGCUUCUUCAAGAGGCACUCAAAACGAUUCAAGGUCAAGCCAGAGUUGCCCAGGACGAACGCACAUCAUCAAGCACAUGUUGGCCAAGAAGAGUUGCAUCGGCACUGAGGGGCAGUCCACCCACAGCGGGCGCGCGAGCACCCACGGAGGGUGCGCCAGCUGAACAGCUCUCGUGGGCCCCACGGAGGUGACGCCGGCUCGACAGCAGGAGUGUACCCUCUAGGAUGCAGCGCCCCCCAGCGGGUGAUCUGCUGACGGCCGCAGCGGCGCAGGAGGCGCAGACUUAGGCCAGUGCCAGAUAACGAUCUCGAUGAGAUUCAGAAGCGCGAGGUGGCUGUCCCUGCGGCGGCCCGAGCCAGAGCGGCCCAAACCGAGGCCAAUGAGGAGGGAGACUGGGAAAUCCAGAUGGAUGAUUUGGCUUCCACCGGUCUCGCCAAGACCAGUGAUGGGCUCACGCCGACGCGUGUUGGGGGCCGUGGCGCAGCAGGCAGAAUCGGUUGCGCACUAGUCCGUGCAGGGUUUGCUCAUGCCGUCGGGUUCGAAGCGGUUGGCCCGUCGGCCCCGUGGGCCACUCACCCGGCGCUCAAGUUUCAGAUUGCCUCGAGACCGCGCACCGCUCGCGGGUGGCAGCCAGCCGCCCUCGCGCGCGGGACCCGGCGGUGUGCGCCGAGGGCGUGCUCGCUCCAGCGGGGGUGAAGCUUGUGGUCAGGGCCGUUUUUUCGCUUAGGGAGAG